GGGCUUGUUUUAGAGUUGAAAGCUCAAGGUGCAGCACACGUGGCUCUUUCCGCCAUAAGGGAACCGUCAGACGACAUGUACCGAGUUGUUUUCGAAAGGAGCAGGGUAUGGAUUGCCAAAGGAAAACAUGGUUAUGAUGUACAUUUAGCAAGUGCAGAGCAAACAGAAAGUGACGAUGAAUGCUCUGGAGCAGAAUCUUGGUGUGCAUGGUGGGUGUGGUGGGAAGGAGGACGGCUAUCUGUAGGUCGUGGUGCAGUGCCAUCAGAAAGAAGAUUGCUAGUAUGGCCACUUGCUGCUGAUAUGAGGAUUAAAUACGUUGGCUUCAGUGCUCUGUGGGGAGAUAAAGCUGAUUUCAGGAUUUGGAAUUUCAACGAAGAAGCCGGUUUCUCUCAAGUUCUUGAACUGGGUUUACCGCGAGGUGUAGUUCCAGGAUCAGCGAGUGGAUCUCUUCUAGUAUCUGGUGGGCUGCAUUUACCACUUUACAAUCUGCAAAGUGACUCCACAGAACAAUGGACUGAAGUUUGGAGGGAUUCCCAAUUAUCAGCUGCCUCUGCUAGCUUAGCACCUUUAUUAGCAUUGGAGCAUAUACCCCACUUAGUAGAAGAUUCUGAGAGAGAGAAGAUUUUGAAGAAAUUGCCGGAGCAGGUACAAGUACUGCUAUCAUUUCGUAAGAGCGAUAACUCAUUCAGCGAUCAUCCGGCAAUGAGCAGUCACCUAUCUACCGUUAGAAUCCUUGAGAUACUCUCCAAAAUUCAGUCUUAUUAUCCUGUAGACCCAGAUCUUUUACAAAAUAUUAAAAAAUGGAUUCAAUCAAGACAAGGUCAGGAUGGAUCAUUUACUCCUCUACCAGCUGAUAAAGAAGUCGAUUACUAUCCUCUUGAUAUGAAGAAAAACAAUUUCACACAAAAAGAGGUUGAUGUAAAUGAGUAUUAUUAUUAUGACAAAAAUGGCAAUAUGACUCAAAGUGAAAUAGAUUGGGAGCGAACUGUGGAAGUAACAGCGGAGACUUUAGUUGCCUUACUUGAAGUUGGUGUUGAGAAUCAGAUGGAUGCAAACACUGUGCAGAAAGCCCAGAAUUUUCUUGAGAAGAACCUUUACAACUUGACUUCACCUGCAGCUCUUGCUGCGACUGUUUUAGCGCUAGUUCUUGCAAGAAGUCCCACAGUGCCAGAAGCUCUAGUGAUAUUGAGAAAUGCUUCUACGACUGAAGAAGGAGAAUUUGGUUGGCCUGCGCCUAGGAAAGACGCUGCUGAUUGGCUCCUAGAAGAAACAUCAAGGAAUAUCAAGACAACUUCUUAUGAAGCUGUAACAAUGGAGCAGUAUGUGGCGGGCGUGCGUGUGUUACUCGCGGCAUGUGCUCGAGGUGCGCUGGCAGAGGGCGAGGCAGCGGCACGGUUCCUGUACUACCGCGCGUCCACGCUGCAGCGGCAUCCGAGCCUCGCGUAUACCGCGACCAAGGCGGCGGCUCAGUACGCGGCGCUAGCACACGACAGGCAUAGAGCACUUACUGUGUCUUUAGCAACGGCAGGAAUGGAACUAACUGACACACUAGAACUAAGGGCUAGGACUCCACCGAGACCAUUGCAGUUGCCGGGCCUACCUACUAAAGUAUUUGUGUAUGCUACUGGUGCUGGAUGCGCUACUGUUCAGGGUACAAUAAUUUACUCCACGUAUACACCAAAGCCAGAAAAUGCCCUUCUAAACAUUCAAGCUGCCAUCAUCGAAGAGAUAAGGCCGGAAAGAAGUAGUAUAGAAGAGCUACAAGGAAACCUACCCACCUUAAUUAUCAAAACUUGUUUCAAGUGGAAAGGAAAGGAGCGAUCAGGGAUUUUACGGCUUGAAUCGUCACUAUUUUCUGGUUAUGAACUUCAUUCAGUUAACCCUGUGGUACUAGAUGGUGCCACAUUCGCUAACUUGCAUUAUGGUUCAAGAGGAGAAUCUGUGUGGUUCGUCUUUGCUAAUAUCAGCUCCACCUGCCCCGUCUGUAUUACUUACGAGGCCCGAUCAAAAUUCAUAAUCACCAGUCUUCGUCCAGCUUUUGCGAAAAUCUAUCCUUCAGCACGCCCAGACUUAGCUGUUGAAACAUUCUUUCACGCGAGACCUGGAAGUCCACUGCUUAGAGGAAUCACUGAUGAUGAUUUCAUCACCUGGUUUGAUAAGACUGAACUUGCUAGUCUUCAAACUACAGCUAAUAUAGAUAACAUUUGUGAAUGUGGUCGUAUUUGCAGUAGAGAUUACGAGUUUCGAAAAUCUGAUGCCAAACCUACUGAAGAAACUGCCACAACUACAACAAGUUCGACCCUAUCUCCUGUUUCUAUAACAUUUGAAGAUAAUCUACAAACCACUGAGCAUGUAGAAAAUAAGACUACCACAGACAAAAUAGCUACUGGUGGUUCGAUAGUUACCACUCUUAAUCCAUCAGUAGUAACAGAGACAGUAACAGAGCAUAUAACUAACACACCAAAUUCAAAUGUACCUAUCAGUACAGUUGAAGUUGUAGACGAUCCAAUUAUAAUACCAACUGCCAAUUCUAUGAAUUUUACUAGUUCAAUGAAUCUAUCCAAUAUUGAAAAUAGUAUUCCUAUUAUACCGAAACAUAACGGGGAAUUAAUUAUACAAAAAGUAAUGAUGACGAAAUCAUUUUUGAAAAAGGAAGAAUUAAAGAAAACCCCUUUGCCUCGUAGAAAAGGUACUUUAAAAGCAACAUAUGGCGAUAAAUUGUUUGAAAAGGAAAAAUCUACAAAUACUUCAAGUAUACACAAUGCGAUAGUGAAUAAAUUUGUUUCAAAAAAUGUCACCAAACCAAAAUCUAUAAGAAUGGAAAAAUAUUUCCAUGGCAAUACUAACAUAGAAUAUAAACCUAAUUACACUGCCAGUACUAAUGAAACAAAAGCAAAUACCACGUCAAAAAUAGAAACGCCGACAGCAGUGAUGCCAACAAAAUCCAAUAAAAAUAUAACACAUCAUGUAGAGACAUCUACUGUGACUCAUGCUAUUGCUACUAUUACAAAUAGCAAUAUUAAAACUAUGCAUUAUAGAACUAAAAAACCGAAACUAGUUACACAAAUUAAAAAACCUCGUAUAGAAUCUAAUCACACUGAUAAUAUAACACAUAACAAUCAGACGAAAUCAACAGAAUACAUAAUUAAUAAAACUAAAAUAAAUACUAUCAAUUCUGAAAAACGAACAGCGAAAACUUUGAAAUCGAUAAAUAAAGAAAUCCAUAAAAUACCAUUAACGCCAAUAUCAGAAACAUCAAAAACUCUAUCUGAAACGGUGAAGUUGGAUAUUGCUCCAGAAAAUAAAGGUGGUUUCGAAAUAUUGGAAAAAAAUAAUCUUUGGGACUUACUCAAGGAAGGUUCGGAAUCUGAUAUAACUAAGAUAGACGAUAAAUUACAAGUUCACAAUAGAUUGAACAUUCUAACGCAAAAUUUGUCGAACGUGACACGAAACGAGAAUCGAUCUUUAUAA